AUGCCCAAAGAUACGUUCAUCAGCAAAUUACUUACCUUGAGACUUCAAAUGGCAUCCAUCCUCUUCCUCGGUGCAUCCGGCCAAGUCGGUGGGGCCUUCCUCACCGUCUUCCGCAAAGCAUACCCAGACACACCAAUAACAGCCUACCUCCGCUCGACCACCCUCGACGAGGCCCUCACGUCCCUCGGCAACAUCAACAUAGUCCACGGCACAUUUGAAGAACCCGAUCGUGUCGAAGAACUUGCCGCCACCCACUCCAUCAUCAUCAAUUGCGCUGGCUCCUUCAACCCGCCCCUAACAGCCGCAAUCCUCAAAGGCAUGAAAAACACCAAAGCCCUCACCCCUUCCGAUCGUCGCCCAAUCCUGCUCCACUUCAGCGGCACAGGCAACUUCCAACCCCAACCACGUCCGCAAGAUCGACGCGAAUUACCCCCCAAUGGCGCCACGGACGAAAUGAUCCUCGCUGCCGCGGCGAGAGGCGAUUUCAACGCCCUCUUCGUCUGUCCGGGCGGAAUAUUCGGGCAGAGCGCCGACCACGUCGGUCUCAAGACCGGGGAUGCCUCAGCGAGGGCAGCGGGUGUAUGGGUGGAAUGGAGUCUCAAGAACGUCCAGAACCUUGGAUUCUCGCCAUACAUUGGGCCAGGGACGUCUAUCAUCAGGCUCGUGCACGUGGAUGAUGUGGUUAGCUUGGCGAUGCUGGUGUAUAAGCGUGCGCUAGAGACAUGGGAGACGUAUAAGCCGGAAGAUGUGUAUAGCCAUUUUUAUGUUUGUGUGGAUGAGACGGUGGAGUCGAAGGUGGUGGCGGAGGCGUAUGCGGAGCUUUUGGUGAGGGAGGGGAAGAUUGGGGAGAAGGAGGCCAGGAAGGUGGGGUAUGAGGAGGCGGGGACGACGGCGUAUUAUAGUGCGGGCAAUACGAUGGUUGAGCCUGUUAGGGCGGCGGAGCUGGGGUGGAAACCGAAGAAUAGGAAGAAGUUUUUGGAGACGCUGAAGGAGAGUAAGUACUUCGCGUAG